AUGGAGACACAAAUAAUAAAGAGCAAGCCACUUUCUAAAGAUGAAAACAAAGCUUUACUCGAACUCAUUGAAAUGAGCAAAAUUAUAAUGUCUAAAGCCACAAACGCCAGCAGCAAUAAAAUGAAAGACAAGGAGUGGGUACGAAUAGCCGAGCAGUUUAGUGCUACGGCAACAAAUUGUCGUUGGACACCACAACAGCUUCGGCUGAAAUAG